AUGCCUUUGGUGCGCCCCGAGAUUCCUCAGAAGGACUCCCCUUCCUCAUCCGGUCACUGCGGGAACAGACAAGGACCACCCAUCAGCAGACCAGAACUUGGUGUGGGAGAGAGAGCCGGGGACAGAGACUGCUGCGGGAGGAAACCCAAAAUCCCAGCGUUAGCACUGGAAGCCUCUGGAGAGGAGGAGGUGAAGCUGAAACAUGACAUGAAGCCAAAUGAAGAACGAGAACUAGAAAACCACACGCUUGUGACGGAAUUUGUCCUCUCUGGAUUGUCCAGCCACCCAGAACUGCAGAACUUGCUGUUCUUCACAUUCUGCUUGAUUUACACCUUCACCAUCACUGGAAACCUCCUCAUCUUCCUGGUCACAUUGCAUCCCAACCUCCAUAUGCCCAUGUACUUCUUCCUCCGGGUCCUGUCCUUCCUGGAUAUUUCCACAGCAUCCAUAGUUGUCCCCAGGAUGCUGGUAAGCUUCCAGGCAGAGGACAGAAAAAUUUCCUAUGUAGGCUGCGCCUCACAGCUCUACUUUGUCAUUUUCUUGGGGGCCACCGAAUGCUACCUUUUGGCAGCUAUGGCCUAUGACCGCUACGUGGCCAUAUGCAACCCCCUGAGGUACGCCAUCUUCAUGAGCAGAAGAGCUAGCCUUUCCCUAGUCCUGCUGUCAUAUUGCAGUGGUAAUGUAGUGUCCAUGGUGCAGACAACAUGGAUGUUCACACUGCCAUUUUGUGGGCCCAACAAGAUUAACUACUUCUUCUGUGAUAUCCCUCCACUCAUCAUGCUCUCCUGCACGGACACCUCCUUGUACGAGAAGCAGAUUGUUACAGCCACCGUGCUGGUCAUCUUCACACCGUUUUGUCUCAUCCUGGUAUCCUAUGCGUGCAUCGUCUCCACCAUCCUCAAGAUUUCCUCUACAGAGGGCAGACGCAAGACCUUCUCCACCUGUUCUUCCCAUCUCAUUGUUGUGACGCUUUAUUAUGGCAGUGGGACCUUGAUUUACUUACGGCCCAAGUCCAGUAAUUCACAGGACACUAAGAAAGUCUUGUCUCUCAUAUAUACUGCUAUAAUCCCCAUGCUAAAUCCCCUGAUUUACAGCCUGAGGAAUAAGGAAGUGAAAGCAGUGAUAAUCAAAAUUUUAGCUGACCUGAGGAAGGUAUAA